AUUUUUGCAUUGUGUGUGUGAGAGAGUGAUGGCUCAAGUAAAAUUGAGGAUAUAAAGUAAGGAAAACCUACCCACAGUGCUUUCCUGCGAACUACUUUUUUGUCUAUUUUAUUUUUAGUAGCUCUAUCUACAAUAUAUUUUUUAUUAAAUUAAUAAUCGUGUUCAUGACUUACUUUCAGUCGUUGCCGGCCCACAUAAUUGAACAUAUAGUUGGUUAUACCAUCGAUGGUACUUAUGCUUCAAAAGGGUUGUUCGACAAACCUGGCCAGCACCCAAACAAACUGUACAGGGAAUUACUGCAUACUUGUAAGUGCUUGCGUAUAUGCGUUCUUGCUCGGCAACACAAAUGCCUUUCGCUUGAAAUCGACCUGAAGUUAAAAAGCGUUCAAGCUGUCGACAUGUUUUUAGUACCAGGCAUCUUCACACCUCAAGCCGAAUCCAACCAGCUGGCCAAGGUUGUAACGAUGUAUGUUGAUUAUAUGAGUAUCACUGAUGGGAGCGCACAUAUGAUUUUGGUUAACUCAGAGUAUAUAAACACACCACUAUUUUCUGUGUAUAAACUAAGAAUACAGCUGAGUGAUGGCUUUGGCAAUAUCCCCGAAAGAUCCAAUACUGAGAGCAAUGUGCUACAGUUUGCCAACCUCAUCAAGCAAUUAAUGCCCAAUAUAUGUGAUAUUGAAAUCGAGUACUGCAUACCAUGUGCUGUCGAAGCAUCACGUCAUCAGCAUCUAUUCAGCCAAAUGGCAAUGUCGCUUUACAAAGGUUUGCACACAUCGCGUUUAAUAUUGCAAAAAACAGACUCACUCACUGCUUUCAAGCCUUACACAAUAACGGGUCUCACACAUUUAUUUAUAUUGGUUGAUAAGCAUUUUGCAGCCAACAUCGGCCUGAUUCACAGGAGUGCGGGCACUUUGGUCGGGUUAAAACUGAUUAGCAAGGAUGAUGCUGAGCAAUUUCAAAAUUUCUUGGUGAACAAUGAAAAUGGUGAGGCAAUUGUAUAUCCGUGCAUACAGUUUUUGGAGCUCGGAGACUGUGUCUUGGGACCACAUGAGUCACGGCCGCUCACCAAGGGCACAAUAUUAUUCCCUAGAUUGCGCCAACUACUGAUUGGUUCGGUGUAUCCAUUCGGUGAUGACGUGCUUUUCCGAGGAAAUAACGAGACGCUGGAAUAUCUUGAGCUGGCUCUGGACAACAAGGCAAUUCAAAUUCUCAGUAAGCACCGUAUUUUUAGCAGUGGAAAGUACCCCAAGUUGCACACUGUUUAUGUCAGCAACUCAAAUGACGAAAUAGAAAUGUCAUCUGUACUGAGCGAUCGCGCUUAUGCAAACUGUGCGCUUAAAAUGGGCUCAAGCGCGCAGAAACUGAGCAUCCGUGGUGAUUAUAAAUACGCUGGGAUAAUUACACAAAUUUCAAACAGCACUCUCAUCAAUAUCCAGAGGCUGCAACUGAUCAAUACUGACUUAAAAUUGUACAAUGUCAUUACCUUGCUCAAGGCAAUACCGUGGCUGACCAGCCUGCAUUGCCGCUCACUCAUGAUGGACGCGAAUUUGAGCGAAAUGGAGCCAGCCACAUUGGUAGAGCACAUGCGCGCAGUUUAUUAUCUACUUGGAAGCAAUUUAGGUGAAUGUUAUGUUUGGCGCCAAGGUUUCCAAUCGGCAAAUGCAGUUGCUCUGUGUGCGUUUGCGCUGGCAGCAAUUUGCCCGCAGUUUUAUUUAUUUGCCACGAAUCAUGCUCUAAAAGAAAAGGAUAUCCCGGGUAUCAGAAACAUAACCACACAAUUGUUGGAACAGUCUGGCAAUAAUCCGACAUACUCUCGCAUCGCUUCAUGUUUAAAACUGUAGUUGAUUAACUGGUAGUGUUUUUAUUAAACUCUUGUUUUGGGUGGG